AUGCUCAGCCAAACGGUUCAAUUUAAACCGGCUACAUCUCAAAUGUGUAAUAUCACUCGCCUCUCAUAUCUACAACUCAUUAAACGCCUGCCACCACAGAACAGCCAAGUGAUCUCUCUGUUCUGUGCCUACUAUUACGCAGGCGUUGCUCAUCGAAGCCUUGAUCACAUUCCUGUUAGUGCUGGUGGUGCAGGGCGUGUGCGACGGGCGCCGCAGCGACAUCAAGGGCUCCGCGCCCCUCGCUAUAGGGCUCACCAUCACCGCCUGCCACGCCGCCUGCGUGAGUAUGCCCUACAGAUCGAAGCCCUGAUCACGUUCCUACUAAUGCUGGUGGUGCAGAAUGUGUGCGCCUGGCGCUGUAGCGACAUCAAGGGCUCUACUCCCCUCGCUAUAGGACUCAUCAUCACCACCUGCUGCGCCGCUUGCAUCAAGGUCCUGAUCACGUUCCUGCUAGUGCUGAUGGUGCAGGGUGUGUGCCCCCGGCGCUGCAGCGACAUCAAGGGCUCCGCUCCCCUCGCUAUAGGGCUCACCAUCACCGCCUGCCAUGCCGCCUGCAGCCGCCUGCGUGAGUAUGCCCUGCAGAUCGAGGCCCUGAUCACGUUCCUACUAGUGCUGGUGGUGAAGGAUGUGUGCACCUGGAGCUGCAGCGACAUCAAGGGCUCUACUCCCCUCGCUAUAGGACUCACCAUCACCACCUGCCGCGCCGCCUGCACUCAUCAUCACCACCUGCCGCGCCGCCUGCGUGAGUAUGCCCUGCUGAUCGAGGCCCUGAUCACGUUCUUGCUAGUGCUGGUGGUGCAGGGUGUGUGCCCCCGGCGCUGCAGCGACAUCAAGGGCUCUGCUCCCCUCGUUAUAGGACUCAUCAUCACCAACUGCCGCGCCGCCUGCAUUCCUUUCUCAGGAUCGAGUAUGAACCCGGCUAGAUCUUUCGGGCCCGCUCUAGUUAUUGGUGACUGGACAUCACACUGGAUUUAUGUGCACUACCCACUACUUAGCGAUCAUAAGAUACGCGUGCUUUCUUAG